GUUGAACGAAUCAAACGGAUAGAAACAGUGUUGAGUUGAUGAGCCACUGUCUGCGACUUACAACGAAAACGGUUUCUGCCUUUAGUCUUUCUUGUGUGAAGUGUAUAUCUCGUGUGUGUUAUUUAAUUGGAACAGUGUAAAUUUGAGUGUUAUUGUGUUUUAUGUGAUAAUGGCAACGGUGGUCCUGCCGUCGCCCGCGUGAAUUUGUAAGACUCUAGUGCAGUGAACCUUACGGGCCCGCCGCCUCACGCGUCACCCGACCACGAUGAAAAUGGUGUUGUCACAACGGCAACGGGAGGAGCUGAACAAAGCGAUCGCCGAUUAUCUAGGCAGCAAUGGCUAUACGGACGCGCUGGAAGCGUUCAAGAAGGAAGCUGAUAUGAGCGGUGAGAUGGAUCGCAAGUUCGGAGGCCUUCUCGAGAAGAAAUGGACGUCGGUCAUCAGACUACAGAAGAAGGUGAUGGAACUGGAGUCGAAGUUAUCGGAGGCACAGAAGGAAUUCAUAGAGGGAGCACCGACUCGCGGUAAGCGUACCCCGGCGGAAUGGAUCCCACGACCGCCAGAGAAGUUCAGUCUUUCCGGACACCGGGCCACCAUUACUAAGGUAAUAUUCCACCCAGUGUUCAGUUUGAUGGUGUCCUCGAGCGAGGACGCGACCAUCAAAGUGUGGGAAUUCGAGAGUGGCGAGUACGAACGAACUCUGAAGGGCCACACCGACUCCGUUCAGGACAUCGCAUUUGACCACCAUGGCAAACUCCUUGUAUCGUGCAGCGCGGACAUGUCGAUCAAGCUGUGGGACUUCAACCAGACGUUUGAGUGCAUGAAGACGAUGCACGGGCAUGACCACAAUGUGUCGUCUGUGGCGUUCUCCCCUAGCGGCGACAUCGUCUAUUCCGCCAGUCGAGACAAGACCAUCAAGGCGUGGGAAGUGGCUACUGGUUACUGCAUCAAGACAUACAAAGGGCACCGCGAGUGGGUUCGAAUGGUGCGCGUUUCUGCUGACGGUACGCUAUUGGCGUCCUGCUCUAAUGAUCAGACUGUGCGAAUUUGGAACGCCGACACCAACGAGUGCAAGAUGGAGCUCCGCGAACACGAGCACGUGGUGGAGUGCGUGGCAUGGGCGCCCGAGGCGGCGGCGGCGGCCGUCAACGAGGCGGCCGGCGGCGACAACCGCCGCGCCAACCACAUGGGGCCCUUCCUCGCCAGCGGCUCCCGGGACAAGACUGUCAAGAUCUGGGAUGUGAGCACGGGGCAGUGCCUGGCGACGCUGGUGGGACACGACAACUGGGUGCGGGGGCUGGCGUGGCACCCGGGCGGCCGCUACCUGCUCACCGCCUCCGACGACAAGACUCUGCGCGUGUGGGACGUGCCACACUGCCGCUGUCUCAAGACGCUGCAGGCGCACCAGCACUUCGCCACCAGCCUCGAUUUCCACAGGAGCUUGCCAUACGUGAUAUCGGGCAGCGUUGACCAGACCGUCAAAGUUUGGGAAUGUCGCUAGGAGCGUUGCCAUUUUAGUAACUUAAACUCACCGAUGAUAUCUUUAUCAUUAUUUUUCACAUUUAUAGCUGCAAUGAGGACAAUGAGUUGCGAUUUUAAUGAUCAAAUCAUUUUGGACGAUUCGAUUGGAUAAUUUAUGGUUAAUGUGCUCAUUGUGCUCUUUUUUCGUUUACUUGACGAUGCUAUGUCCUUCUACUGGUUUUGUAACAAUCCACUGUCCGUGUCAAACACGCUUUCAAUUUGUAUAGAGUCGCACAUUCCAUUAAAUAAUGGUUCAUAGUUAGUAACUGUAAAACAUGUGACAAGAUUACAUUUGCAGAAAAGAUAGUAGAAAAAUAUUGCGGCAUAGCAUCAGUCAGGUACGCGAUCGUAACGAUAGAGUGAGGCGUCAAAGCUGUGUUAUAAUUUAACAAUUCAUUACUCUUGUUUUAUUUUAUAGUUAUUUUUAUUCCUAAGUACGUUUAGAUAUAAAUUUUAUUUGGUAAAGUAGUUAAUCGUUUCUUAAAACUCUAGAAAAAACUUGUACCUUGAUUUGUUUAUUUGAUAAUUUAGUUUUAUUAAAUUUGAUAUUGAUGGUUAUUCAUGACAAUCAAGUGAGUUUGUCGCGCUCUAGCGGUCUCACUAAAGUCUCCAGCUGCCGUUGCACACAACGUGGCCGGUCCCCGUCGAUGCGGUAUCCAUUAUGUAUGUUCGCACGAGUGCUAACUUCAUCAAUGGCCACCUUAGGGGACAACGAAUCUGCAUGUAAUAUCAAUAUCGCAAUUGAUACCGGAGAAGUUUGGCGCUUUUUUAGCAUUCACAAGUUUCAUGGGAACUUAUUUUAAGUUUUGGCGAUUCAAAACUUUAACUAUAAGUUAGAGAGUUAUAUUUUAAAGUUUCUAAUUAUUUAUUUAUAUGUUCAAUGUUUUCGAAUUCCGGUAAUAGCUGCUAGGUAUUUGCUGACAAUGCAAUCAUUGAACAUUUGAUUUUAUUCUUUGUUGUUUUCGUUUGAUUUCAUACGAGAAUUUUACGUAAAUAAAGUGUGUGAUAUAUAAUUCAUAUUUUAAUUUUCCAUCUUAUUUGUGGUAGCUAACUGCUGAGAUUGAGACCUAUUUGUCGGAUUAUUAGCUAUUUAUUAUGGUUUUGAAGACUUUUGUUGCCUGGUAUUUUACUAGAAUUUAGUCGUAGUGUUAGUCGAAGUAUGGUAAUGUUAGAAGCUUUGCAGUUCAUGAAUUACAAUGUACAAUGCGUAAACUUAUUGGACACUUGGGUACCGCGCUUGGUCAACUGAUGAAUCUCUAGGCGCAUGCAUCUAUGUCGGUUCCUUAUUAUACAAUAUACCUAUUUAUUACAAUUAGACAUUGUGCGACGUAGAUUUGUAGCAACUAUUGAGUUCCAAAGCACGGUGCCGAGUUUCGUAUCAUUAUUCAUUACACUCGCUUAAUCAAUGUAAAUUCGUAAAUACACAAUAACCGAGGAGAUUAUUAUGAACAUGUAAUUGGAGAGAGCUGACCCUUACUUUCACAAACAAAUGAUGUAAUUAGAAUUAAUGUAACUAUGUAAUGGUUUCAGAUACCUUUUCUUGUUAAGAAAUAUUUUUGAAUUUUGGAAUUUCUAUGCAGAUCUAAAGAUGUUUUGUGAAUAAGGGCCAUUGCAAAAUACUUUGUUUAGUGUUUCUCGGUGCACUAAUGAUCCCCAAUCCAUUACAUUCUAGUCAUUUUAGAUAAUUUCCUAAAGUUCAAGUACAAACACGUGGUUUGUCAUUAUCUACACUGUUCUAUGAGAUCCUCACUCCUUAUUUAGUUCCUGUUUCAUUAGCUUAUUGCAGAUUAAUUUCUCAUCGAUCCAUUCAUUGGGUUAAUAUUUCAUGUUGUAUGUGUUGUAAUAAUAUAUAAAUAUAAAAUGGUGUACAUAAGUAAAUGCUCAGGCUCUCUCUGAUUACACCAGUAGAAAGAAUGUAUUGGUAUAAAAUAAAGCUAUGAUUAAUACCUAUAAUCUCUUUGACAUAUUAUGGCAGUCGCCUAUUAUUUGAAGCUUGCGAAAUAUAUUGUAUGUUUAAAUAAGCUGUUUGUAUUACAAUUAUCGAGUAAUGUAGGUAAGAACUGCUCUCAUCUCAUUAUAUGCUUACCAUAAGUACGAUGUCGUAAAAUGUCUAUCUCUGUAACCAUAAUGCAAAAUUCUUGAGCGACGCUUGUAGAGUUUGUCAGGAAAGUGACGAAACCAAAGGUCAAACCUUGCGAUUCGUAUACUUAUUAGGUACUUUUUACAUAUAUUACUCUACAACGCACUCAUUGUCAAGGUAUUUAUGUAUAGAUACAUAGCAAUAUCUAAUCUGAUUGGAAUUAAAUAUCCGGAAUAUCGUACUGAAUUAAGAAACACAUAAGCAGCCUGCUCUGGAAUCAAAAGGAACUAACCAGGAACCUCGCAGGACUAGAUAGCUCACAUUGUCAUACAACGUCUAUUCUAUUAGUAUUUCUAAUUCGUUAAAUUUUAUAUUCAUACAAAAAUAAAUGUUAAAUUUUCCAUUUUAAUGUUAUUAACUCAAAGCACGCUAUGAGUACGAGGAUGGUGGGCGCGGGAAGUCGCUGGCGCUUUUCGCUCAAACAUAUACCUAAUUAUAUCUCUGUUUGUCCUGUUCUGAUGGAUGGGACAAUGAUAAGAAAUUUAACAUAUUUUCUAUCUAAUGAAUUGAGUUUUGGGAAAGUGUAGAACGAACUGUAUUGUUUAUAAUGCUUUCUGUUCCUGGGAGGUUGCUGGUGUUUCAAAAUUAAUCCCGUAUAUGCGGUGAUCUUUUCAUGAAAUUCAGAUGCAUAAUUCGGAUAUCUUCUUAUAUCAAAUAGUUUGUGAAAAUAAUUUUGCUUCAACACUGCUUUAUUUUGUCAAAAUUUAUAUAGAGAAUAUAACUACCAAUUUAUCAUAGAAUUUGGUUUAAUAUUUUCUGUAAAUAAAUCAAUUAAAUAUCUAAUUUAUUUUA